AUGGUCCAUGUGGCAAAGGUGGCAGAGCCAGUGACCAUAGGCCGAGGAGCUCCGGAGAACCUCCAGAAAUUUUCCUCCCUUCCAACAUAUCUACCUGUACGAUAUCAAAUCUCCAGCACUGAGACGUCGUUUUUUCUCAAAGAAGCCAACCAGGAGUUCAUGAGGAACUCAAGUUUGCAAGCCCGGAUGGAAACCUUCUUUACAUACAAAGCCAAGAAGACACCUGUAAUCAACGCUAGCUAUGGGCCAUUCUCGGUGGAACACGCCGUGCCCCCUGACUUGCUGUUGACUUCGAACCUUUUCAGAUCUGCCAACAAGUUUACAUUCAACUGGAAGCUGAAAGCCUACAUCUUGAGGGAAAAGGUCUAUUUGACCAGGCCCAAAGUCCAAAUUCUGUUUUACAUUGUGGGGAGAGAUUGGGAUGACUAUAGUAUGACAGAACAGCUGCCUUGCAUGAGGGUCUUUGCUUUUCGGGAAACGCGGGAAGUCCGGGGCAGCUGUAGACUGAAGGGUGAUCUGGGGCUGUGCGUGGCUGACCUGGAGCUCCAGCCUGCCUGGUUUAACCCACCCACAGUCGUCACUGGCCGCAAGAAAACGGUGGAUCAGUCUGAAGGAAGCACUGUUGAACUUUACUACACCAUUCAGCCUGGAGAUGAGAAAGGAGAUUGCACUGCUGAAGACAUCAGGAAGGGGAAUGCAAUCCGUCUCGGGAAGGAAGGGGCAGGGGAAACCAUGUCCCACUUACAGAGGAUUGGUUCCAUCAGCCUCUACCGGGCCCCCGAGAGCUCUCAACUGACGGAACUGUGGUUGGGCAGCAAUGUCAUCAUCUGGCUACCAUCGAAACCCAUCAAACAAGGAGAAGUGGUGAGCGCUUCAGUGACAGUCACCAACAACGUCACGGUGGAUCAAUUCAUCCUGAGGGCAAAGGUGAAGAAAGGUGUAAAUAUCCUGAGUGCAAAGGCCAGUGACCCACGACAGUGGGACGUGACGCAGGAGGUGGGCAAUGGUGGAAAACAUUCAACCACAACCGUGAUGUGUCAGAGAAUACUGCAGAGUUCAAGGAGCAGGAGUAACAGCAACAUGUUCAGUGAGGUUGUGCGGCUGAACUUCGAAAUUGCCAGCUUCAGCAGUCUUUCGGGCACACAGCCGAUCACGUGGCAGGUGGAAUACCCCCGAAAGAGGACGACAGACACAGCCCUCUCUGAGAUCUUCAUUUGCCAGAAAGACCUUGUGGGAAUCGUGCCACUGGCCAUGGACACGGAGAUCUUGAACACGGCGAUCCUCACAGGGAAGACGGUGGCAGUUCCGAUCAAGGUGGUUUCGAUUGAAGAGAACAGUGCCGUGACGGACAUCUCGGAAUUGGUGGAAUGCAAGUCCUCUGCUGAGGACGUCGUCAAAGUUUCUGACAGGUGUGACUACGUUUUUGUCAAUGGCAAAGAAAUGAAGGGCAAGGUGAAUGCCCUUCUGAACUUCACCUACCAAUACCUGAGUGCUCCUCUGCAGGUUACGGUUUGGGUGCCACGCCUGCCUCUUCAGAUUGAAGUUUCAGACACCGAGCUGAGUCAAAUAAAAGGCUGGAGAGUUCCCAUUGUUUCUAACAAGAGACCUACACGAGACAGCGAUGACGAGGACGAAGACGAGCGGAAGGGAAGAGGCUGUGCCCUCCAGUAUCAACACGCCAUGGUGCGCGUUCUCACCCAGUUCGUGGCCGAGGACAGCAGCCCGUGGGGACAGCUCACCUAUUUGCUGGGUUCUGAUUGGCAGUUUGACAUCACAGAUUUGGUGACGGACUUCAUGAAGCUGGCCGAGCCUCAGGUGGCCCGUCUACAGGGGGGCAAGGUUCUUGUGGGACAGGAAGUUGGGAUGACAAUGGUCCAGGUCCUGUCUCCGCUCUCCGACUCCAUCUUGGCAGAGAAGACCGUGACAGUAUUGGAUGACAAGGUGACCAUCACAGAUAUGGGUGUCCAGCUGGUAGCCGGAUUGUCGCUUUUUCUUCAACCCAGUGCAGCGAGUAACCGGGCUAUUGUGGCUACCGCAGUUGCCCAAGAGUUGCUCUAUACCCCCAAACAGGAAGCCGUGGUCAGCUCCUGGAUCCAGUUCAGCGAUGGCUCUGUGACUCCUUUGGAUAUUUAUGACCCCAAAGACUUCUCCCUCUCUGCUUCAUCACUCGAUGAAUCCGUCGUUUCAGCCCAUCAAAGCUCUACGGCGAAAUGGCCGGUGGUUUCAGCGGAAGGCGAAGGGCAAGGCGCAUUGGUUAAAGUGGACAUGAUGAUCUCUGAAAUUUGCCAAAAGUCCAAAAGAAAGAGUAUCCUGGCGGUAGGCAAUGGCAGUAUCAAGGUGAAGUUUGGCCAAAAUGAUGCCAACUCCCCUGGGGCCGGUGACUACGACACCGACGAGAUCGAAAACCACGCGAGUGACCGGAGGCAGAAGUUGUUGGACCAAGAGCGGUACGGACAAGACGGACGCUAUUAUGGGAGCUCAUCUGCCGAACGAGAGGAAGGCACUUCCAGGAAAGUUGGUGCCACAGCCAAGUCUACAAUCAAAGGCAAAGUCUUUAAAAGCAGCCUGGAUGGAGAAAAGCUCUCAGACGAUGGUCAGCUCCAAAACAUCCCCAUAGACUUCACCAACUUCCCUGCUCAAAUUGACCUGCCCAAAAGUAAUGGCGGCAUAGAGGAGAAUGACCUGGUGCAGGCGCCCAGGGGCCUCAGUGACUUGGAGAUUGGGAUGUACGCCCUGCUUGGGGUCUUCUGCCUCGCCAUUCUAGUCUUCCUGAUCAACUGUGCCACUUUCACUCUGAAAUAUCGGCACAAGCAAGUGCCGGCAGAAGGACAGGCCUCCAUGAGUCACUCCCAUGACUGGGUUUGGCUUGGGAAUGAAACCGAGCUGCUGGAGAACCGAGUCGACCUCUCGCCCCGGCAGGAUGAGCGCACAACCAACGUUGACCGGGGGAUAGGCUUUGAGGAGAGCAACCAGCUCCUCAAUGGCGGCACACCGAAAAGCAUCCAGAGCCAAAUCCAUCAGUUGACUGAUUUGGGGAGCAAACCGGGCAAAGAGCCAAAGCUUGAGCCCUCUCUGCAUUCGCCCACCUCCAAGCGAAAGCGGGUCAAGUUCACCACGUUCACCACCAUCCCUCCAGACGAUGGUUGCCCCACCGUCAACUCCAUCCUGAAUUGCAACGAAGAUGACAUUAAAUGGGUGUGCCAAGAUAUGGACCUGGGGGAAACGGCGGAGAUCAGGAACUACAUGGAGAAGCUCAAAGACAAAGCGUAGCUCUGGUUCUAGGUUUUUAUGGGUUCGCAACUACACCUUGAUGCCUUCAGCUGUAUUGGGACAUCCAAAACAAAGAUGGACGGAUGCGUUUGUCAGGAAGGGGACUG